UUGUGCGGUUUGUGGGCGUUAGAGUGGGCGUGCCAACAUGUCGUGUUCGGGAAUUAUUUUAUUGGUGUUAUUUGGGAUAUGUGAAAUGAGUAACAAUUUGUUUUUUUUUUUUGUGUCAAUCCAAGUUGAUGUUUUGAUGUUUGUCGUAAUUGCGUAAUUUUGGAUUUAAAAAUUCUAAGUCGUAAAAGUCCAUUUCUAUGUCUUCUGUGUAUUCAAUAAAUUGCAUGAUUUAAUGGCUCUAUAUUACUUAAAUACAAAUUCAAAGGAAAUAAGUCUAAUUACCCGAUAUCGAAGAUCGUCAGAUCUUAACCAGGCGAAUACCAUAGCGACCGAAGAAUAUGAUUACGGGGACAUUACUGGUUACGCUUAUGAGGGUGCUCAGGCACCUAGAAAUAAUUUCAUUCCUCCUGGUAAAUUGAGCACCAAAUUCAACUUAAUUUUGAAGAAAAACUAUAAAAAUGGAUAUGAUCAUCCUCAAAGAGAUUACAUAUCCGGAUAUGAGGGACAUACGGAGCGUCAUAAUUCUUUAAGCGAUUUCUCGAACCAGAAGAAAGAAAUAAAUUUCAAGGACAUAUCGGACAUCGCACUUACAACGUUAGCAUUUUUAUCGUUCGGAAUGUUUACUCUCCAAGUGCUUAUGUGCAUAGUUAUGAAAGUUUAAGUUAGAUCGACUAAUUUGGAGAUCGACUCCUCUAGUGAUCUUGAUCUAAACAAUAUAAACAACAAGGGUUAAUAUCUCUUCCUUCAACUGGAACUAAAAAGCUAGUGUUGGGACUGAGGUAGCCGAGAAGGAUUCGACAGGAAUUUGCGGUUGAGGAAAUAGAUUUUGUUCUUUGAAAAAUAUUGGCCCUGAAGAUAAACAUUAUUCUGAUACCGAUGUUCAUUGUGAGAAACAUUUCUUUGGAAAUCUCAAAGAUGCAACUUUCCUUGUCCUUAGACACCAAAAUGGAAAUGGUCAUAUAAAUCCUGUAACGGCAACUUAUGCUUUUUAAAUGCAUAUGAAUUGUUCAUAUAAAUAAAUAAAUAAAUGCGCUGAAGUAGGUGCAUUUUAAUAUCAUCAAAAUUACAGGUAUUCUUUGACAUAUUAUACAUUUGUUAGGUACGGAAUUCCAUCCUGUUUUAAUCAGAUUGUAUCAAGUCCCUACAUUACAUUACAAGAUUAAAUUGAAGGAACCAUAUCAACUGUGAGGAGUUAAAGCUCCGCACAGAUGCAGAUGGUGAUCGCAUGAGGAGGGCCGACCGUGGCCAGUUACGCAACA